ACCGUCUAAAACCACAACUCAAAAUAAUUAAGGGAUAUAUAUAAUAAUUGAAGAGAAGAAGAAUGGCUAAAUCUACAAACAUCAGCAUUGCUCUGAUUUUCUCACUUCUUGUCGUUACAGUUUUCACUGCUGAAAGUCGAGCAGCACCCACUGCAGUUGCAGGUCCGGUGUGCAGCAGCUUUCAUGGAGUGGAAAUAGGGGAGACGUGCGACACCAUCGCUUCAAGAUUUGAAAUGAGCACAGCUGAUUUCCUUCAACUCAAUCCCAACAUCAACUGUAGCACUAUGUUUGUGGGUCAAUGGGUGUGCGUGGCUGGUCACACGCUUUGACUUGUUCCGUGUCACCUCAGUUGAAUAAAUGUACAAUAAGGAGAGAUUGAAUUACAAAUUUAUUAUUUUCUCUCCACUUAGAACUGUUGGACUAUCCAUCACAUAAGCUUCAAGUGGUGGUACUAUGAAUUAUCAAGUCAACGCAAAAACAAUUUCACUUGUCUUUGUUAAUGUACAAUUAAAAAUGAUUCCAAAUAACUAUUAAAAUAAGAUAUGGCCUAAUAAUUGUUACGGAACCAGAGGAUAUCUAACUUCUUGGUUCUUACCAAAAACAAAAGGGUGAGUUUUGGUGAAAACUACAUGGUUAGAGAAGAUCAAGCUAUCAUGAGUGUCUGUUGUGUGAGGGGGAAGCAAGUUAGGGAGAAGAAAACCAAGUUGAGAAUUGUGGAUCUACGAUGAAGCUGAGAAUGUAGAUUGUAGAGAUGAGAACAGAGAGAGAAGAUCAGAUGAGUUUAGCAUCGGAAGAUAGAUUGCUUAAUUCUCAAUCAAUCUUACACCAACUUUCACGUGCUGCUUAUAUACAACAUGCAUCAACUAACUUAACAG